AUGGCUGAUCCACGAUGUGUUGGAAUAAUUGGUUGUGGAAAUAUGGGAUUUGCGCUUGCUCAUCGUUUAACUCUUUCUGGUUUUACUGUUCUAAUGGGUAGUCGAAAUCCAGCUAUUCGACCUAAUACACAUUUUCAAAUAACUUCAAUAAUGGAAUGUAUCAAUCGUUCAAAUAUACUAUUUAUUGCUAUACAUGCAGAACAUUAUACAAAUGUUCUUAUAUCUCCAUUAGAACAUAAUCCAGCAUUAUUUAAUGGAAAAAUUUUAAUUGAUAUAUCAAAUCAAUUGAAUAAAAGAGGACAAAAAUCCGAUGAAUUUUCAAAUGCUGAACGUCUUCAAACAGCAAUACCAAAUUCACAUGUUGUUAAAGCAUUUAAUACAAUAUCAUCAUUUGUUAUGGAAAGUUCAACUGCAGGUGAAUCUCGAAAUGUUUUUGUUGCAAGUGAUCAUCCAUUUGCGCGAGAUAAAGUAAUAAUUCUUGCACGAGAAAUGAAUUUUGAAUCAUUUAAUAGUGGUUCACUUCGUACAGCUCGUUAUUUAGAAGGUUAUACACGUUUUUUAUUUCCUCUUUGGCAACGACCAUUAUAUAUAACAUUAAGUGUUUUAUUUAUUUGGUUAAGUUAUACACUUUAUAUGAGAUUUAUACAAACAAAGGAAAUAUCAUGGAAUCAAUUAUUUUUACAUAUAACAAAUAAAGUUUUAUGUAUAAGUGCAAUUACUAUGUUAGCAAUUGUUUAUAUGCCAUCAAAUUUAGCUUGUGUAUUUCAAUUAAUAUAUAAAACGAAAGAUCGAAGAUUUCCGGAAUGGCUUGAUAAAUGGUUACUUUGUCGAAAACAACUUGGAUUAUUAACAUUUGCUAUUGGAUUAGGUCAUGCAGUAAUUACUUUAGUUCUUAUGUCACCUGCUUAUUAUUCAACAUGGUUUCAUCCAAGUAAAAUUGAAAUAUUAUCGCUACAAAAUCAAACAAAAUUUAUUGUUGAACAUGGUCGAAUGACAUGGAAAGGUGAAUUAGCAUCAUUAACAGGUAUUUUAACAUUACUUUCAAUGUCAUUAUUAGCAUUAGCUAGUAUACCAGCAAUUGGAAAUCUAUUAAAUUGGAGAGAAUGGAGAUUUGUUCAAUCAAAAUUAGGUACAUUAACAUUAUUAUUUGCAAUCGGACAUGUUUUUGCUAUGGCAAUACCACGUUGGGUAGAAAAAAGAUCUAUUAAAAUGUUAUAUUCAGUUGGAUUUCUUUGUGUAGUUUUUCCUGUUCUAACUAUUUUAAUGAAAUUUUUAUUUUGGUUACCUUGUUUUAAUCGCCCUAUUGUUCGAAUUCGUCGAGGAGAACGACCAAAACUAACAACAGCUUAA